AUGUCUCGUCCCGAGGAUACCCUCGCGGCCGACGUCCACUACGACGACAUUGAAGCCCGCAAAUACACCACCUCGUCGCGCAUCCAAAACAUCCAGGCCUCCAUGACCCGCCGCGCCCUCGAGCUGCUCGACCUGCAGGGCCCCUCGCUCAUCCUCGACGUCGGCUGCGGCAGCGGCCUCUCCGGGGAGAUGCUGUCGGCCGUGUCCCCCGCCGACGGCGGCCCGCACACCUGGAUCGGCAUGGACGUGUCCCCGUCGAUGCUCGACGUCGCCCUGCAGCGCGACGUCGAGGGCGACCUGGUGCUCGCCGACAUUGGCCAGGGCGUGCCCUUUCGCGCCGGCGCCUUUGACGCCGCCAUCAGCAUCUCGGCCAUCCAGUGGCUCUGCAGCGCCGAGACGAGCGACACCUCCCCCGCCGGCCGCCUCGCGCGCUUCUUCAACGGCCUGUACGCGGCCCUGCGCCGCGGCGGCCGCGCCGUCUGCCAGUUCUACCCCAAGAACGAGACGCAGCGCAACAUGAUUACGCAGGCCGCCGUCAGGGCCGGCUUCGGCGCGGGCCUGCUCGAGGACGACCCGGGGACCAAGAACGUGAAGCUGUACCUGGUCCUGACGGUUGGUACCGCGGGCGGCGGUGAGGGCGGGGGCGACAUCACGGGCGUGGUGGCGGGCAUGGACAAUGUGGACGUUGAGGAUGCGAGGAGAAAGUUUGCGGCGGUGAACAAGAGGGGCGAGAUGAAAAAGGGCAGCAAGGCGUGGAUCGUCAAGAAAAAGGAGCAGAUGGAGCGCAAGGGCAAGAUUGUCAAGGCCACGUCCAGAUACACGGGCCGCAAGCGCCGCAUCGCGUUUUGA